AGUUACUAUGCUUAACAUGAUUUUCUCUUUGAUAUGCCUUGUGAUUAUAUUAAGCUACAACUUAGGAUGAGCACCAAACAUGUCUUCCACAUUUUAAAAUGGUUCGUGUCAUAUUCAUUAGCAAUAUCAUAACAGAAGUUUCAGUUCAGAUUGGUUUUUUUUUACUCUUAAGGUCAACUAUUUAUGUAACUUAAAUUAUUGUUUUUGUCCUGGUGAUAGUUGGGAUCAGGCUAAGGUUAAGUCGUUGACUUGUUGUGAAGUAUACAUAUCAAACUGCACCAUCUUAGUCUCUUGUGCCAAUAACCAUUUCUUCCUUCAAAAUGGCCAGCUCAAUCCUCUACUUUUCCUUUGUUUUAAUUCUCCCUUUUGUCUGUUCAAUUCACUUUGACAUAACUCGUUUCAACCAAAACAGUCCUGAAAUAUCAUACCAAGGAGAUGCAAGAGCAAACGGAGAUUGCCGUUCCGGUUGGGCUACUUAUGAUAAAGAGGAUUCCGGUAUUACAAAGAUCUUGUAAUAGCUGCUAACAACUUCUCAGAUGUUAGGAAGCUAGGGGAAGGUGGGUUUGGAGCGGUGUAUAAAGGGUACUGAAACGGCUUAGAUAUGAUGGUUGCUAUAAAGAAGUUUGCGCGAGGGUCUAAGCAAGGGAGGAGAGAGUUCAUAACGGAAGUAAAGAUAAUUUAGCAGCUUGAGACAUCGAUACCUUGUUCAACUCAUUGGUUGGUGUCAUGAAAAAGAUGAAUUUCUAAUGGUAUACGAGCUCAUGCAAAGAAUCUGAUGUUUAUAGCUUUGGAAUUGUUACAUUAGAGAUUGUUACUGGAAGAAAAUCUGUUGAUCCGAGACAAGGAAGAGUUGAGCCUGAGACGAGCCUUGUAGAGAAAGUGUGGGAGUUGUAUGGUAAAGGGGAAGUGAUCACAGUUGUGGAUGAGAAGCUCAGGGUUGAUGGUUUUGAUGAGAAGCAAGGAAGUGUCUUAUGGUUGUAGGGCUAUGGUGAUAGGAAAGCUCAUAUCACUCUGUAAAGUGAUAGGAAAGCUCAUAAAAUCUAUAAAAAUUAUCUCUGUUUAAUUUAGAAUUUUUUUUAUUUGUUUCAUGUUUAAUCUCAACGAAACACCAACAAGAGAUAUACUUUUUCUUAUUUAUUUAUUCAAUUUUAAAAAUUAUAGGUUAUUUUUUUUCUUUUCCAAAUUAUUUACACAAGAUCUUCUUACAUUUGAAUUUAAUUUAUAAUUAGUUUUUGUCAUAUUUAGUGGUAUGAAUGUUAAUGGUUAACAUCUUAUAUUUUGAUUAUUUAUGAUAUAUGCAAAAACGGAUAUUUGUUAAGUCUUUUUUUCAUACGAAUAUUGGUUUUCUGAUUUUUUUUAGAAAAUUAGAAAGUAAUUUCAUAAACUGAUGAAUAUGAUUUAUAGUAAAAAAUUAAAGAAGAUCAUCUAAGCAUGAAUCAUUUUUAUUUUAUAAUUAUAUUUUAUUGUUUUAUAUCAUUUGAAAUUAUAUAAUAAUUAUUAUCAACAUAUGUAUAUUUAAUAAUACAUUUAAAACUAGCCUUAGGUCCCAAGAAGGCUCGCACGGCACUGCAGUGAUAAUAAUGUAACACGACUAAUAAUUAGUUAUCAAUCUGUAAAUUUAACCAUUCUGGCAGGAAUGGUUUGGCACGGUCCUGCAUGCAUGAGGACGUUUUUCACGGUAGUAAUAUCUUUUUUUUUGGUGUUGAAAGAGAUUUGAGGACAUUAUAGAAGUGAUACACAUAGGCGGAUCGGAUGGAAAUGAACAAACGCUGUAUGCAACGAUGGAGUUGAAUUCUCCCGCCAUGAUUCCAGGUAUCCUAACCGAAGGGGUCUACGGGACCAAAUACACCAUCAAUGGAAAACAUGUAUGGGCUCGAAAAUUCAUUCCCAGUCACAAAUCCUACAACAAUAAUCUUCUUUCCCAUUCAUAUGGAAACCUCUUCUAGUUACAUAUGUUUUUCUUGUUUUUUUUUUUUACCUUAAGAAGUUGUGAAGGGCAUGUGCCCAUUUCUACAAAUUUGAGACCUAUUUUUAUUAUGGAGGGGGUUAGGGGGAUUUUCAUUGGUGAUUGACAUGUGGUUGCAUCUCUGAACUAUUUUGCAUGGACCAAGUUGGUCACUUUUCAUACAUCUUUCACUUUAUGUCUAUGCUAUGCUAAUCUUCCUUGGGCAUUAUGGGCACUCUUGUCCAAAAGUAACAAAAAAUGAUGUGAAAAAGAAUUUUUUUAAAAAAGUUAACGAUUUAUUUCCACACAAUAACUAUCAUAUCUUAACAAAUUCACACAAACUUUCAUUCUCGUAAUAAUUGAACACAAUUUAACUAUCUCAAAACCGACACAAAGCGGUUACUGUUGGUUAACUAGCUUUUCAUUAAAACGUUAACCAAUAGUUAACCUAAUUUAACCCAAAUUACCCGAUUAGAAAGGUUUAACCGGCAUAAAUGGACCAACAAACCUGAAUCUAGAACUAAAUCCUAUAACCCAACCCAAAAACCCGACAUAUUUAACCCUAAAAAUAAUAACCCAAAUCUGAAAAACUUGUUAACUCAAUAGGUUCUAAUUUCAAAAUCGUAAAUGAAAGUGAAGUUUGAGAGAAGAUUGAAGUCAAAGAGAAAAAAUUAAAGGCACCAUAGAUACAAUAUACUUAUCUGUAAUAUUCGUUAAAAAAGAGAUCUAUAUUUGCAGAGAAGCUGCGGAGAAGAUGAAGUUUUACUAACAGAUACGUAGGCUAGUAGUUAUAUGGGACUAUAUAUAUUAACUUUGUACGACAAAGAUGCAAUAGUCUGGUGGCUGGUGCCUUAUUAAAAAGGGAAGCUGUCACAAGUUCGAACCUACGUAUAUAGAUCUAUCACUAAUGUAAAAAAUCUUGUUCAAAACAUAACUAAAUAAAAAUAAAACAGUCACCAAUUAUACCCUAAAAAAUAAAAGCAAUAUUUUCUAAAAAAUCUUAAUAAAUUUGGAUGAUAUAGUUUAUUACUGUAUUUGAUAAAAGUUUUGAUAAGUACGUAUAUUUUUAAAUAGUAACGAUCUAUAUUAAAUUGGUAUGUUAUCUAGCUAAUUAGAAAACAAAAUUUACAUUGUUUUUCUUUCUCAUUUCUAAAUCAAUAGAUUUAAAAUAAAAAAAUUGGAUGAUAUAUCUUAAUUGAUAAUUUUUUGAUAAGUACGUAUAUUUUUAAAUAGUAAUGAUCUAUAUUAAAUUGGUAUGUUAUCUAGCUAAUUUUAGAAAACAAAAUUUACAUGGAUUCGCUUUCGCAUUUCUAAAUCAAUAGAUUUUAAAGAAAAAUUUGGAUGAUAUAGUUUCUUUGAUAAAUUUUUUGAUAAGUACGUAUAUUUUUAAAUACUAAUGAUCUAUAUUAAAUUGGUAUGUUAUCUAGCUAAUUUAAGAAAAUAAAGUUUACAUCAUUUCACUUUCGUAUUUUUAAGUCAAUAAAAAAUUUGGAUGAUAUAAGUUUAUUUGAUAAAAGUUUUGAUAAGUAUGUAUAUUUUUAAAUAGUAACGAUCUAUAUAAAAUUGGUAUGUUAUCUAGCUAAUUUUAGAAAACAAAAUUUACAUGGAUUCGCUUUCGCAUUUCUAAAUCAAUAAAUUUUAAAGAAAAAUAGUAAUGUAUUCAAAACAAAAACAAAGUUCUACUCACUUUUGACCGAGAUUGAGCCAGUUAAACAGCUAUCCGAAAAGAAAUACUCAAAAUUUUAUCUAUUGAGUUUGGACCAUAAUUCUGAACAAUUUUAUUUUACUUACUUGUAUAAUAAAAAUAAUUUCAUUAAUUAUUAUUUUUAUUGAUUAGACGAACAUGUUAUUUCUAGUAAAAAUAAUAAAAAAAUAUUUUAAAUGAAAGUAAAAUAAAUAUUUUCACAUAUAUUAAAAAUUAGGACAUUUUUCUAUUGCUAUUUUACUAGCGGGUUUAACCCCAGUAAAAAUAAAAAGUAAUAAAAAAAGGAAACAAGAGGAGAUUUAUAGAAAGUCAAAGAAUGUGUAAAUUCAUGAGAAGACUCUUAGUAAAGAAAAUGAGGAUAUAUACUCACCAUUUCACUAGAUACCACCCAAAGUAAACUCAUAUCCGCUAGUUGUCUAAACAAAAAGAAGAACUAUCUGCAUUCGUGUAAAAGUAAUCAAUGGAUUCUUCAUCGACAAUAUCCAUCACGAGAGAAGAGUUGAAUGCUUUUCACUUGUGUGACAGAGCACUUUUCUCUCGUCUUGUCAUAACUCUAAGACGAGACAUUGGCCAGUCUUAUCAAGUUAUGUGUUUUCUCCUCUAUCUCGAGACGAUUGCUCCUCACCUGAGAAACUUGAUAGCGGAUUUUGCCUCUUUAACGGACGUUUUCGUCAACAUGGUCGCUGACCAAGUCGUGACGUGCAUCAGCUGCUUGUCCUACGACGAUUUUCCAGCAUUCGUGACCCACUUGAGGAGAAACAUCCUCUCCCCAGAGAUACCUUAUAUCACGGAUGUCACAAGAGGGUACCUAACUCUCAUAGUCAUCCACAACAACCGUGAAAACAUUCUCUUUCAUAUGAAGAAGCAUCUGAUGCGUGUAUGCGUCCAAGCUUUUGAGGAUAUAUGUGUGCGUGCUGAGAUGUACAACAAGGAGAUUGAAGAGUGGGAAAAGGCGAUAGCGGAGAUGAGCCAGCUGGGAACUAGCAGUGUUGUUCAAAAUGGUGAAUCAAGUACUAGCCAGUUCUUGAGUCGUCGAGAAAACGCAGAAAAUAGGACUAUCUUCCUCACAUUUUCUAAAGGAUACCCAAUUUCCAAAGCAGAAGUGUUUGCCUACUUCACCAGGUACUUAAUCUAUUAUAUAAUCCAAUGCAUGCAUGCAAGGCCAAGGCAGUGCCAUUUUUUUUUCUAAAUAACAGUGUAAUACAAUUAUUAGUUAUCAAUCUAUAUACAGUAGAACUUCAAUAAAUUAAUAAUUUUGGGACUUUGAAAUUUUAUAAUUUAUACAGAUAUUAAUCUACAAAAAAUUUCUUAUUUAGAUUUUUUAUUUUAAGAUAUA